UUACUGUUGGAUGUUGAGUUUUCAGGUGUCUGGGCAAAUUAUUUUUGGAGCCUGACUUAGAAGAAAUACUUUAAAAAUGGCAUUUGAUCUUCACUUUGUUUUCCUCCUGUAUGUGAUGAGUGGGCUGUUGACUGGAAGUCAAUCUCAGUCUGAUGAUGAUGAUCACUGUCCCGAUGGAUGGACCCAGUUGGACAAACGCUGUUACAUCUUCAAAAUGGAGAAGAGGGAAUUUUCAGAUGCAGAGAGCGUCUGCAGAGUUCUUGGUGGGAAUCUGGUGUCCAUCCACAGCGCCCUGGAAAAUGCAGUCGUUAAAGAACUCAUUCGGAAAGGGUCUGCCGUGUUUGAAAAUACCUGGAUCGGACUCCAUGAUACUGUCCAGGAGGGGGACAUGAUGUGGACGGAUGGUUCACCCACUGACUACACCGACUAUGGAGAUGGAGAACCUAAUGGUGACGACUGCGUUGAAGUGCAAGAGAAGGAUGAGCAGUGGAAUGAUAGCAAAUGCAAUGAAGAGCAUUCAUUUCUCUGUGCUAAAGAUGUGAACUAAAAGACCCCGUUGCUGUCAUUUUACCUGCAAGGAGGAAAAACUGAAAUUCUCGCCUUUUUGUUCUGGAAUUAUCAUCUCUGUAUAUGGCUUUUCAUCCCCUGGAAUAUUAGGCAGA